AGAUGAAGUCAUGUACCCUUGCAGUAUCUGGGGCCCUACCUGCGAUGGACUGGAUCGCAUUGUUGAGCAGUGUUUCCUGCCUGAUCUGCAGGUGGGCGACUGGCUGGUCUUUGAAAACAUGGGUGCCUACACCGUAGCUGCCUCCUCCACCUUCAAUGGAUUCCAAAGACCUGACAUUCACUACGUCAUGUCCCGUCCUUCCUGGCAACAUGUGCAGCAGAUUAAUCUCCAGGGAAUGCCAGCUCCUGUGGAAGAGUCUCGCCUGUUGGAAGUGACAGCAUGCUGUGGCCAAGAGAGCAGCUUGGAGAUGCGCACCAAGCCUUGUCAGGCCCGUGUGCUUUAAAUGCCGAGUAAUGUCGCGUCACUAAUUUUCAAUUUGGAGAAUGUUCUCUUUGGGGAGAUUUUUUUCCUUCCUUUUGAUCCCAAUGUAUGAACAUUUAAGGCCAGUUACUUGACAGGAGGAGUGGGGGGGGGGCAUGUUGCUGCUCAAAAUGUCUGUGUUCUGUAUGGAAGCUGGAGAUGGAUGCUUUAAAUUAAUUGAAGCUAAAUCCCACCCCAAGUGUCUCUGUGGGUUCUAGGCAGAGUGUGCAGGGCACUUCUACUUGAGUUUAAUGUAACAACUGUACUAGACUGAACCUGUAUUUGCUGAAUUGGAAAAGCAAAAGUAAAGUGUUACUUUGCUGAAUAAACCAGAAAACCACUUUACUGAA